AUGGCACGUUCCCGUAGGGGCAACUACAGGCAGUUCCCAUCACUGAUAAUCAUCAUCAUCACUGUAUAAGCACCUGUUCCUGAAGAUACUGACUCCGAUCAUCCGGAUUUCCGCAGCCAAACUCCCGAGGUAGAGGAAUCUACAUUCAAUCGACGCGGACCUCUGACCAUACCGGAAGUGCCUGAGAAGUCUCCUACUUCUUUGGAUGACCUACUUGAAGGCGACGGCGCCCAUGAGUACCACGGUUUUGAGAAACAACCCCGUCCACCAACACCUCCGAAGGACAUCAACGAUGAGGACGUAAAACCCUCCGCUUUCAGCUUGGCUCAUGGCUCACAUACAACUUCGCCA